AUGGAUCGUGAGACGGACCCUUUACUGGCUCCAGCAAUAUCGCCGAUCAUUAACGAUCAUGUUGAUGAAGUCGAUCGCCAGGAACAGUUGAAAAGUAAAUCAGUUCUAUCGUCCUCAAGAGUGUUUGCCAUCAUCUUUGCAUUGUUCACGGGCUCGUUUUUGUCCGCCAUGGAUAUGACUCUGGUGGCAACGUUGAUGCCCACCAUUGCAUCCGAGCUCGAUGCUUCUUCUCAGAUGUCCUGGAUCGCCACUUCGUAUCUUUUGUCCUGUAGUGCUUUCCAACCACUUUACGGCAAGCUUUCCGACAUUUUCGGUCGCAAGGCCAUGCUUGUAUGGUCCAACUUGGUAUUCGCAUUUGGAUGCUUCUGUUGUGGGUCUCCGUGGACCAAUGACAUCUGGACUCUUGCCGCGGGACGAUUUAUCGCUGGAAUUGGUGGAGGUGGACUUACAGCACUCAGCACCAUCGCUGUUAGCGAUAUUGUACCUUUAAGACGUCGCGGUGUCUACCAAGGCCUCGGAAACAUUUGCUUCAGUGUCGGUUGUGCCUCGGGAAGCGUCUUGGGCGCUGUUUUCCAGCAAUCGAUAGGCUGGCGAUGGGCAUUUCUGAUCCAAGUUCCAGCGGCUAUUGUGAGUGGAUUUUUGGUGUUUACAGUCCUCAAAUUGCCAUCAAACUCGCCAGGACGUGGCACUGUUUUCUUGGAAAGAGAUCAGGGCAACAAUUUGAAUGCUGGUCAAAUAGCGGCCAAAAUCGAUUUCAAGGGCAGUUUUUACUUGGUUAUGUGCAUGCUAAUUCUAAUGGUUGUAAUCACUAAAGUGAGUGAUGUAAGCCAACUCUUAAGUUCACCGUCCUUUUACGUCUCCGUGUGCGCUCUUGCGGUACUUUUCCCACUUUUUGUAAAGGCAGAAAUGGCUACAUCCAACCCAAUUAUCCCAUUACACCUCUUGUGGGAAAACCGUACCGUUCUAGCAUCUUCGCUCACAAACUGGUUCUGCACAAUGGCGACUUUCGCCAUGAUGUACUUCGUUCCGGUGUUUUGGCAAAGCGUCUACCGUUUUGAUUCUUGGAAUAUCGGCAUAAGAAGCAUCUCCAAUUUUGCUGGAAUUUCGAUAGGUUCUCUUGGAUCUGGUCUUUAUAUGCGUCGCACAGGCCAAUACUGGAAUUUCAACAUGGUACUUCAAUCCAUCUAUGUUCUCGGAAUUAUCAUUAUUUUUUCCUCUUCCUUCUCGAGCAAACCUCAUGGAGCCCUUGAUUACGUUCUCAUGUUCUUACCAGGGCUGGGUUACGCAAGUAUGCUAACAGUGACACUUUUGGCGCUGAUAGCUAGCGUUGAUUUUCAGCACCAAGCUCAAGUCACCUCGAUCCAAUAUGCAUUCAGAGCCACUGGAUCAACGUUAGGUGUUUCUCUUGCGGGUGCUCUAUACCAGUGGGGGUUGAAUCACAAGCUAGAUCGUUUAAUACUCAAGGAUGAUGAACUACUGGAAAGAUACGGUUCCCAGAAGCUGCUUAGAUGGUGCUCGGAAAUAGUCAAUGAUAACCUUUUUGAUAUCUCUUUUGAUGAAAGAUUGUCAAAACUUGCGCAUAAGUCAUUCAUGUUUAGCAGUGAGACUGCACUUGCAUUUGCUGUCGUGGCAGCUUUGAGCGGUCUAGUUUGCAGCUUGUUCAUAAGAGAACAUAAGCUUCUAGGUUCAGUUUCCUCCUCCAAAUAG